GGAUUGGAGGGGCUGGACAACAAAUAAGAAGAAUCGGAGGGGACUGAUUCCGAAGUUUCUUUUCUUGGGUUGGAGCCAAACAAAACCUCUCCCGUCUCCACCCUCCCUUCUUCCCUCCCUUCCCCUCACAUUCUCGCGGGGGGCCUUUCUCCGAGCGGUUUUCAAAAUCCCACCCAGCAGCAGCAGCAGCUACAGAGCUCAAAAUGCUUCAGAUGGGUCAACAAGCAUCUGACCAGAAAUAUUUCACCGAGCAAGGGCAGGGAAGAAGUGAAUAUGAUUUGGCCUCUGGCAAUAAACCCUUGCCACUUGUUGCAAAGAAGACGGCGUUGAGGGAGUUGCAGAAUGAGAAUAGAGUCCUGGUCCCUAAGUCCAAUGGAAGUUCUUUGAAAAAUAAAGUUCCAACAGUUGAUGCAGUCAAGGUUUCUGGUGCUAAGAGACCCUCUUCCGAGUUGCUAGCUAAUCUGCCUUGCAACCAGACUUCGCCUAGUACCGCAGCAAACAACCAUCUAGUCUAUGUCCGGAGAAAAUCAGAUGCAGAACUAGGCAAGAGCGGCAUUUGUGAAAGCACUUCUGGUGGUGCUGGUUGUCCAGAAAUUAUGCUAAAUUGUCAGGAGGAAUUGCCUGAACUGCAAUCCCAGAUAAAGGAGCCAAAGCCUUCUUGCUUUCCAGCACUUGCACCUUUGCCUGUUGAUUAUUCACUGAGCUCAUCGGGAAAACCUUCAAUUCAUCCGAUCGGAAUAUCCUGUGUAAAGUCAGCAUUGACAGGACCUCAUCAUGACUCUGAUACUGCAGGUGGCUCCGCAUUGAAGAGAACAAAAUAUUUGCACUGGGAAGAGAGAUAUUAUCAAUUGCAGCAACUGUUGAGCAACUUGGAGCAAUCGGAUCCAAUGGAUUACCUGCAAAUGCUUAGAUCCCUCUCUUCGGUGGAACUUAGUCGGCUUGCUGUUGAGUUGGAGAAAAGGUCCAUUCAGUUGUCACUGGAGGAAGCAAAAGAGAUGCAACGGGUUGGGACUCUAAAUGUUCUGGGAAAAUCCAGCACCUGAAGCAUUCGUAUUCUUGGCCAGAGAGGGGUAAUGUGACGAGCUCACUAUUCUUUCAUCAGCUCUGUGCACUAGUUGGCUUCAUGAUAGAAUUUUCUGUAUCAUUUGUAACACGUCCGUCACAGUUUCUGCUGUAUUCCUCUAGACCGGGAACUUGUCCUAAAACGCAAGCUUUCUCAAUGGUAUGCAAUCUGUAUGGCAGCUUCGAACUCUAAA